CUGAGGAGAGAUUGAAUGUGAGAGUAUGGCGUCCAGAAGAAGCUCCAGUUCUCCACAACAGUCACCUGGUGCUCUCCGCACUGGCACAUCUCACUGUCUGAAUAAUGCUAGAAAGAAGCAGCGUCAUCCCUGCUCAGAGUGCGGGAAGAGUUUUACAAGACACAGUAGUCUCCAAGUGCACCAACGCAUCCACACAGGAGAGAAACCGUAUUACUGCUCGGAGUGCAGGAAGAGUUUUAAUCGACAGAGCCAUCUCCAAAAACACCUGCGCAUUCACACCGGAGAGAAACCGUAUUACUGCUCCAAGUGUGGGAAGAGUUUCAGAAACACAAGUACCCUGAAAACACACCAGCUGAUUCACACAGGAGAGAAACCAUGUCAGUGCUCAGAGUGCGGGAAGAGUUUUAGAAACAUAGGUACUCUCAAAACACACCGGCGCAUUCACACGGGAGAGAAACCGUAUUACUGCACGGAGUGCGGGAAGAGCUUCAGAAACAGCGGCACUCUCAAAAAACACCAGCCUGUUCACACCGGAGAGAAACCAUAUCAGUGCUCUGAAUGCGGGAAGAGUUUUACUCUACAGAGUCACCUCCAAACGCACCAGCGCAUUCACACCGGUGAGAAACCGUAUUACUGCUCAGACUGUGGGAAAAACUUCAGGCAUUCGAAUACUUUAAAGACGCACAAGCGCGUUCACACAGGAGAGAAACCGUAUCAGUGCCCGGAAUGCGGGAAGAACUUUUCUGCGCCGAGUAGCCUCCAAACACAUCGUCGCAUUCAUACAGGAGAGAAACCGUAUCAGUGCACAGUGUGUGGAAGGAGUUUUAAUCGACAGCAUCAUCUUCAAGUUCACCAGAAUGUUCACACCGGAGAGAAACCGCAUCGCUGUUCGGAGUGUGGGAAGAGUUUCACUCAUCGGCACAUUCUCCAAACACACCAGCGCAUUCACACUGGAGAGAAACCGCAUCAGUGCUCAGAGUGUGGAAAGAGUUUUAAUCAGCUGGGUCACCUCCAAACACACCAGCGCAUUCACACUGGAGAGAAACCGCAUCAGUGCUCGGAAUGUGGGAAGAGGUUUAAUGAAGUAGGUCCUCUUCUAGCACACCAGCGCGUUCACACUGGAGAGAGACCGUAUUCCUGUUCGGACUGUGGGAAGAAUUUUACUGUGCUGGGUCAUCUCCGACGACACCAGCGCAUUCACACUGGAGAAAAACCGUACUUCUGCUCGGAGUGUGGACGGAGCUUCAGGCAUACGAGUACUUUAAAUGAACAUGAGUGCACUACGGGGGAAAAGCGGUAUCACUGUCCGGUGUGUGGGAAAGGUUUUACACAGAUGGGUGGUCUCCAACGACACCGGCUUAUUCACACCGGAGAAAAACCGUAUCACUGUUCUGAGUGCGGCAAGAGCUUCAGGCAUUCGAGUACUUUAAAGAGGCACAGAUCUACUGCCGUGUGUUCAAGUAAUGAUGUUGACAUGUUAAUUUUAGGUUAAAUAUUCAACCGCAUUUAAUUGUUGGCAGGCUGUGUUGAUGUAGAUCAGAAAGAAUGGAUAUCAGUCUAGCACUGACAGCCGAGAGAGUAAGACGUAAGAGGUGAGGCUAAAGCAAACUGUUAGAGAAAAACAGAGGUGUGAACUCGAGUCCGACUUAAAUCACAAAUUUGAUGACUUGGCUCUUGAUUCAAGAAAAUUGAGAAAGACUUGUGACUCCACUUUGACUUCAACACCAGUGACUUGGACUUCAGCCUUAAGACUCGGAAAGACUCAAGACCGAAAGUGUAAGAAACGUGGAGAGUCUGACUGCAGACUGCUACACAGUCGGUUAAUUUCAUGUGAAUGGAUUCGUUUCCUGUCGUAAACCUGAUAUAUGGUAACGUCAUCAGGUGUCUGUCACUGUGUUUAUGCUUGGUUUAUUUUAUUUCGGAAGACAAGUGAAGUUCGCCUCCAUAAGCUGGAAACAAGUGAAGCAUCAACGUCAUCAAUGCGGGGGCAGUUGUGGGCUGGAGGUUAGGGAACCAGCCUUGUAACUGGAAGGUCGCUGGUUUCAUCCCUUGAGCCGACAGGAAAUAACUGAAAUGCCCUUGAGCAAGGCAGCUAACCCCCAACUGUUUCCCGGGUGCCAUAAAUAGGGCCUUAAACUCUUACUAGUGGAACUCACCAGACGAACUGACCAUUUUCCUCAUGAUAGCAAAACAACUGAGACACAGCUCUCUCUGUUUGACCGAUUUUAACAGGUUCUGCAGGUAAAAUAAGCACAACAUUCAUCACAAAGCUGAAGUUGACUUGUUAUACGCCAGCUUUGUAUUUGAAUUUUCUGUUCUACCUUAAAUGGCGCAGCAGAGAGACGCCGGAACGUAAGUGCUGCGCCAUUUAAGGUGGAACAGAAAAUUCAAAUAAGAAGCUGCUGGCAAAAAAAGUCAACGUCAGCUUUGUACAUUCACUAUCAUUUUACUGUCUUUUCUGUAAACUUUGUUCAGCUUGGGCGUUUUGGUUUCUCCUGUUGUCUAAAUUUAAUUCAGACUAGUGGUUGUUUUUAGUUGGCUGAGCUAGUUUUUAUUUUAAUCGCCCAUUGUUUAAAUGUUUAAAAUUCUUUUCAUAUGUAGUUGCACUGUUCUGUAUAUAUACAGUACGCCUCUCAUGGUUAUCUGUGUACCAUGAAUUUUGUGUUUCAGUUGGAAGGGGAAAAAAAAUGAUCUACAGCCAUACACUACUAACGUGCUGCCAUUAAAAUGCUACAGUACUGUUACCAUUAUUUGGUGUUGUGGCCUAAAAUUAGCUAAAGAAUCUAGAUUGACUUGUUUAGGACUCGAAGAUUAGGAAUAGUGACUUGGGACUCGACUUGAGACUCACCUGUACUGACUUGGGACGUGAAUCGAGACUCGACUAUCUUAACUUGGCACUUGACUCUGGACUUGUGUCAAGACUUACUUGUUACUUGCAACUUGGUGACUUGUUCCCACCUCUGGAGAAAACCCUGCUUAUGUAUAACAUAGCUGGAACCAACAAAAGCUGGUUAAUAAAACAACUUGUGUGAAAGUUGUGUCUCUUUUAAUAGCAGUGAAUGCUAUUUCCGUUUUCAUUUUUAGGUUUUACCAUGUCUUUGUGGUGUAACUACCUUCUGAUGAAGGUAUUUUGUGGGCUAAGAAUCAACGUUUGAACUAAAACGGGCUCCUGUUUGCAUAUUAAAGUACCAUUUAAUAUGUC